AUGGUGCGACUUUUGGUUCGGCGUUUUUAUUUAAGUGGGAUCGUUUUCAGGUUUCCACGAAAACCUCUUUUCAUACCUCACCCUCUUCCGAUGAAAGCGCCGCAUGUGCUUCAAAGUACGACAAACAGAUCAAGCAGUGAAUUUUUGAUUUUUUUUUUCUUUUUUAACAUUGCAUUGUCGUUUACAAAUAGCGUCGGAAAAAAAUAAAUUCAAAUCAGUUGUUUUUCUUUCAAUCCAUUCUGAGAGAAAUUCUAAUUAUUUUAUUAGAAAGAAUUUAUCAAUUUUUUUCUAGGAUGAUAAAAGAGUCUGACGAGAAGUUCAAUGAGGUAUUCCGAUGUGCACAAGAAGCGAUUUUAGAGGGAGUUCAGCCUCAACUGAUCCCCGAAGGAAGCUCAGGUUUGAAUAUUGAAGUUUGAGUGCAAAUCGGGUGGGUUAAGGCUCAUAUUUCGUGUACAACAAAGAUGGAGAAACUAUCGGUGUGUUCAAGCCAAAAGAUGAGGAACCUUUUGCCGCCCUCAAUCCAAAAUGGCCCAAGUUUUUUCAAAGGUUCUCUUGACUAGAUUUUUAGGCUUUUUUCAUACGUUUCUCUAGAGUUUUGUGCUUCUGCUGUUUUGGACGAGCUUGUUUGAUCCCGAACACCGGCUAUUUAUCAGAAGCAGGCGCCAGUAUAGUCGAUGAAAUGUUUCAUGUAAUUCAUAUUUCAAUAAGUUAACCAUUGGGAUCUUUUCAGUUCAAUGUCAUUCCGAAGACACGUGUGGUCAAGUUGGCUUCACCUUCAUUUUUCUACUCUAGGUGCUGUGGACGAACAGAAAUAAGACCCAAAGAAGGUAGUUUCCAGGUAUCUUUUUCACUUUAGAUUGAUUCCAAUCUUUUCAUUCCCCAUUUAAAAAAUAUCGGUCAUCGCUUCACUCUCAUGAAUUUUCAAAAAAAACGCCUUUAGUGGAACAGUUUUUGAAAGAUGAUUCUGGCAAAAGUUUUUUGAGUAGACCGUUCGAUACGCAGUGAAACGCUCUUCAAGAUAAUGUUUUUUACCUCAAACCCCGUCUUUACUACCCCUAUGCCUUUGAGAGUGGACAAAAUCGUUUGAAAAAACUUUUCCGUUGGCAAAAUAAUAUAAAACAAAGCACUUGUAGAGAUGUUAAAAAAAAAUAAACAUUCGAAUUAAUCUAUUGUUUUUCUCAUACAUCAUCAUUUUUUAUUUUUUGACUUAAUUUCUAGUUGGAAAAUGAAAAACUAUUGAUUUCCAAAAAAUUUGUAAUCAACUUCUGGGUAUUUCUAAAUUUUAACUCCUUUAAAAGGCGCAGACUUCUUAGGUGACUUGAAAUAACACGAAAACGCUUUUCGCCUUCAUGACGUCAUUAAAUCAGUUCUUGUGCCUCUAAAACCAUCAUACAUAAUGUAAAAAAAUUUAUAUUGCGCAUUUUUUUAAGCUUUUUGUGAAAGGAUACGAAAGCGCAGCUGCAGUUUUUGCUCGAUGGAAUUACGAUUCAUCUCUUUUGUCAAAAGAACAAGAAUCCAAGUUUCUUCCUCAAAAUCUGUAUAUCGUGAACAUUUUAUUUUUGCAGAUUCCUUUUUAUGUUCCAGAAAAUGUGCAUUUUGGAUUAUGUCAUCCGCAAUACUGACCGUCAUCCCGAUAAUUUAUUGAUAAAGUUUUUAAAUCGAACAAUAAUAUUAUUAAUCAUUUUUUAAACAGACACAUCCCUGGAGGAGAUUUAGAAAUUGCGGUUAUCGAUAAUGGACUCGCGUUCCCUGUUAAACAUCCAGAGUGCACAAGUCUGUUCAGGUUUUAGGGAACAAAUGUAUAUUUUUUGAACAAAUUCCUGAUCUAGAACUUUUCCUUUCCGAUGGGGCACUAUGGAUUGGGCGAAAGCCGACUGGGACGAAGACCUCAGAACCGCCGUUUUACAACAGCUCACGCCUAUUUUCGUCCAUGAACUGUGUCUGCAACUCAAGGUUCCUAUUAAAUUUGAGAUCAGUCGUUUAGGAGUCUAGGAGUUUAAGAGUACUGGGAGAUAGUUCCUAGUUCAAAACACCCAGGCGAAUCGGGAGGGUGCCAUAAUGGGUCCACAAGUAUUCCUCUCAAAAGGGAGCGUGGAUAUCCCAUAAUAUGUCCUUCGUGAGACCUCCAGCAUAUUUUUUAGCACUAGCUGAGUCAUAUCGGAUGUACUUGAGACCUCAAGUCUAUCUCAUUUUGCUCAAAAUUUCAGAGAAUAAGCUGUGGUAAUUGUCAGAAAAAUAUAUCGGAAAAGCUUCAAGGUUAUGGGGACGACACUGUGCAAGAAAAUUACAUAUUCAGAAACUGUUUUGCCACGGCUACGGAAACACACGUUUAUUAGUGAACAGUCAGCUUCGGGUCGUUCGCGGACAAGUUGUUUCAGCUUCAAAAUAUUUUUUUCAACACUUCUUGCAGCUUUGGAAUCUGCGAGACGCUCUUCAAAAUAGAGAGCCGCCUGCCAAGCUUGCACAGAGGCAGCCGAUCGUCGUCACGAGAACGUUUUUCUUUUUCAUUUUGCCCCAAAAUAGGAAGUUUUUUAGAUACCGACGCGGCUUUCCAACAACUGACGACUGGGAACAGUGGUUCCGAAUCAAAAAUGUCGACUACGGAACUCGUCAAUGCUGCUGA